CUGUCCAGGGUGCUGAAAACCUGUCGUUUCGAAAAUCCGGCCGCAGCCCCGCUUUUAUAUUUUUUUCCAAGCGCCGUGAGGACGAGGAAGCGCACUCCAAUAAAAAGUACACGGAAAUGAUGUUGUUAUUUAUUUUAUUAAUUGCUCGGUUGUGAGCUGGCAUCGGUUUAUGCGAGUUGAAAGGCUUCUUCGGGUUUUCCCGUAGAAGGAGGAGGGGGGUCUGCAUACGUCGGAGAUUUUCGGAGUGAUUUUAAUGCGGAACACAGACCCGCUGUUCGCCCGGCGGCUGCAGCAGCAGCAGCAGCAGCACACACGCAGGCGGGGAAAACACGGAAGGGGGGAGGCGAACAGAGCGAGGGGGCAAAGACACACCGAGUGAGCACCCGAGACGCGUGUCUCAGCCUCUUGGCAGGAUGUCGUGGUCUCUGGACCUGCUCCCUCUGCCUCCCUGUGUGGAACUGGGUGGGCCUCCACUGAGUGGCCUUCUGUGGACUCUGCUGCUGCUCUUUCUCUGGUAUUGCUACCGCGUCGGUGCCGACCCUCCGUCCUGCUCAUCUGGCUCAGCUCACUCUGCUUUAUCUCGUUCCUCCAGUUGCUCUCCAGUCGAGCCUGGUCAUUCCACCCCAAAGCCUUCCCCUGCAAUCGCUGUGGAGUGUGGGGAAGAAGAAGAAGCAAAGAGUUACCUGAUGCCAGUGUUGAGCCAUGCCCCAUUUCCUGCUCAAGCAGCAGCAGGAAGCAGGAAGUUGUACACAGCACUGCAGGAGUAUGCCAAGCGUUACAGUUGGGCCGGCAUGGGCCGCAUCCACAAGGGUCUGCGGAUCCAGUCAAGACUGAAUGACCGCUCUUCCAUUCAGAAGCCCCACCUUUUCUACCUUCCCGAUGUUCCAAGCAUACCUUUCUUCCCACGGGAUGCUCAUCGCCAUGAUAUAGAGAUCCUGGAAGCAAGCUAUGCCAUAAUCCUUGCUGAAUUCCAGGCUGUCUACCAGAGAGGCAUUGACACAAAGCUGGGGUGGAUUUACCAAGGACCUAAGGGUCAGGCACUGUUCCCACUCUACAACGCUGGAGUGUGUGUGGCCAGUAAUUGCCGCACAUGUCCAUGUACAUACCGUACCCUCCUCUCCCUCAGAACUUUCAUCAGCAGUAACUCCCUUGGCUCAGCAGGUUUUUGGCUUUUGGGCCCUGGGGCAUCACUGGGGGGAACCUACGGGCCCACCAACACACGGCUCCGGUGCCAUCUGGGUCUCCAGACGCCUGCACAGUGUGAACUGGUGGUUGGGGGUGAGCCACAGUGCUGGUCUGAGGGACACUGCCUUCUAGUGGAUGACUCCUUCCUGCACACAAUCUCGCAUAACGGUGGCACAGAAGAUGGUCCAAGGGUGAUUUUCAGCAUCGAUCUAUGGCACCCAAAUGUUGCUGCAGCGGAAAGACAGGCUCUGGACUACAUCUUUAGUCCUGAACAGUAAUCACUUACAUAUCUCUGAGUCCUCCAUUUACAACGAGACAUAGAGCCUCUCUACAUCUCACUGAGUUUCAGCUGAUCUCUUUUUGAAACUUCCAAAAAGAAAUAUGGAGACAAAUGUGACGUAUCAUCUCAUUACGUGAUACGUUGACUGUAUUUAACUGCAUUGUAUUUUCCUCAAAAUGUACUGAAAAAGUAGAUUGUCCAUUCCUCUGAAAGUAGAAGCAAGACCAAGCACACAUUUUUGUCGAUAUAAAGCAUCUCUCUAGAGCUCUUUAUCAAACGCCGCUCACAAAAUCUGUGACAAGAUCUACUUUUCAAAUUCUUCAUAUCUAUUUUUGCUUUGUGCCUGUCUUAAAAAAUCCGAUCUCCUGUUGUAUUAUUUUGUGCCUGAUUUGUUAACUUUAUCAUGACCUUUUCUCUGAUCUAUAUAUACUGUGAUUCAAGCUAUUCUGUCAGUACUGUAUGUAUAUUAUCUUUAUGUCUGUACUGACCUUGUUUUAUCAUAUGGAGUUUUAUUUUCUUGAGGAGUUUUAUUUUCAGACUCAUUCUGUGAAGCACAGAGCAAAAAACAAUAAGUAUUUGAUCCGACUGCAUGCAUGUGUUGUGAAGCCUGACUGUACAGCCAAUGUGAUGCAUCGGACCCCUUUCCCUUGCAAAAGUAAUCAACUUGUAAUCAACUAAAGGUGUAUUCUUCAAAUAAAGAUUUUUUUUUGUUAAAGGUAAAAAUGUUCACUAUGCUACAGAUCAUAUCUAAGCAUAAUUAAAUGUUGAGCUUUUUGUUAGGUGUACAAAACUACACGAAUGUGACAGGUGACAUUUAAACAAGGGCAGAGAGAAUAUAUUUUGGCUAACAA